AUGGAGGUACUGCUGGGAGUGAAAAUUGGCUGCCUGCUUGCCCUUCUGGUUCUCACCCUGGGCUGUGGCCUUACUCCCAUCUGCUUCAAAUGGUUCCAGAUGGAUGCAGCUACAGGUCGUCACUACAGAGUUCUCAGCCUCCUGGGCUGCGUCUCUGCCGGGGUCUUUCUGGGAGCAGGGUUGAUGCAUAUGACUGCUGAAGCCCUGGAGGGAAUUGAAUCAGAAAUUGAGAAAUUCAUGGUGCAGAAUAGUACAGGAAGUAAGGGAAAUUCUUCUCACGAUGCCGCUUCCAGUUCUGUGGAGUAUCCCUAUGGAGAGCUCGUCAUCUCCCUGGGCUUUUUCUUCGUCUUCCUUUUGGAGUCGCUGGCACUGCAGUUCUGUCACGGGCAUGCUGGAGGAUCCACCGUGCAGGAAGAGGAAUGGGGAGGGACCCACGCCUUUGGACUCCACAAGCACCCGCCUGUGCCUUCACCCUCACGGGGUCCCCUGCGCCCCCUCAUCCUCCUGAUCUCCCUGUCCUUUCACUCCGUGUUUGAAGGUCUAGCUGUGGGACUGCAGACAUCAAUGGCCGCUACUAUACAGCUCUGUGUUGCUGUUCUGGCUCAUAAGGGGCUCGUGGUGUUCAGUGUAGGCCUCCGGCUGCUGAAGAUUGGCACCGGGACAUGGUGGGCCGUGUUCUGCAUACUGUCUUUAGCACUCAUGUCUCCUGUGGGCCUAGCCCUAGGGAUGACUGUAGCUGGAGGGGCCUCAGGACCAGCCCAGGGAUUAGCCCAGGCUGUAUUAGAGGGAGUAGCAGCUGGCACAUUCCUGUAUGUCACCUUCCUAGAAAUUUUGCCCCGGGAGCUGGCCUGUCCUGAGGCCCCUCUGGCCAAGUAUGGCUGUGUGGCGGCUGGUUUUGCCUUCAUGGCUCUUAUUGCACUGUGGGCCUGA